AUGAUCCGCGACGCGGUGUGGCUCAGAGGCCCCCCCGCGGAGCGAGCGGCACGCCUCCGGAGCGCCCGCAGCGCCCGGCGUGUGCCGCAGGGGGCCGCCUCCGCGAGCGGCGUGCGGGCGCAGACCAGCGCGGCGGAGCACGCGGUGGCGCUGUACGCCGCGCAGGCACUCAAGGGCAGUUACGUGCCGGCCGCCGGCACCGCCCUCGCGCAGUUUGAGCACGUCUCGGACGCCCUCUUCUCGCUGACAUGGAAUACCAGCGUCCUCGACGGCGGGAAGCACUACAGGCUGUGCGUGGACCUGGACGGCGAUGAGGCCGCCCUGGGUUUCGGCGACGCUGGCAUCGACGUGUACGCCACUCCCGCCUCCGAGUCGCUCACGCGAGCCGUGCUGCCCGAGGACGGGCAGCAAGUGACCGUACGCUGCUCCGCAGGCUGCACUGCUGGCACGCUCGGCCACCUUGUCGACACCCUGGCCUCCGGCGGCUGCAACGACACGGCUGCGACAGACCCUGCUGCCCUCCGGGAGCGACUGGCAGCCCGGUCCGAGCUGCGGUCUUCCGUGUGGGACUUCGACGUCGACGCGAGAGGCCUCCUGGAAGGGUUCCACUACAUCGUCUGCUUGGACCUCGACGGCGCCGAGGACAGCGACCGCGCCGGGGACACCGGCCUCGCUGUGUAUGUGAGCCCAGUGUCGCACGCCGCCGUGACGGCGACGGGCGACAGGGUCGUCAGGCCCGCGCCCGGCCAGCAGCUCAGCCUCACCUGCGCGGGGUGCUCCAGCUCGACAGAAGCCGUGCUGAUGGACACGUGCGCCGACGGCCACGCCGCAGCCUCCGCGGCCGCCGCCUCGCUGGGCGGCCGGGUGGUGGCCGCAGGCCACGGCACGUGGUCGGUGGACGUGGACGGCUUGUCCGGCGCGCAGGUCGGCCGGCACCUGCGGCUGUGCAGCGACCUGGACGGCGCACACGGGCCGCUGCGCACGGGGGACACCGGCCUCGACUUCUACGUGAGCGGCACGGACGUCCUCCGGACGCCCAGCGUCGGGCGCGGCGCGGCCGAGGUGGUCAGCCUGGACUGCGGCGAGGGCUGCUCCGCCGCGUCCACGGCGUACCUCUCGACCAGCUGCGACAGGACGGCGCUGGACGGUGCCAUGCUAAUCGAGAACUCAACGCAGACCCUGUCCUCCAACUUCGCGCCGAAUUCCUCGGGCUGGUGGACCAUCACGCUCAACACCUCCAACGUGACGGCGGGGCAGACGUUGACGCUCUGCACCGACCUGGACGGGUCGGAAACCGCCUUGGGAUUCGGCGACUCCAGCCUGCGGGUGUUCGUGUCGGACGUCGCGGCCGUUGCGAUGCCGGCGACGUGGGAGGAGGCCUCCAAGAGGCUCACCUUGGCCUCCGGGCUGCCGCUGGCCGUGCCGCGGCAGAGCGGCCUGCUGCUCGCGCUGCGCUGCGCGGCGCCGGGCAGCUGCUCCGUGGCCUCGCAGGCCUUCCUCGGCGCCGACUGCUCCGCCAGCGCCUCGCUGCCCGACGGUGUCCGCGCCAACUUCUUCGGCCUUCGGUCGCGAGGCGAGCAGCUCCAGAUGGUGAGGGCGAACGAGGGCCCCGCCGACGGGGGCACCGGCAGGCAGUGGACGGACUACGUCGUGGACCUGGACGCCAGUGGCCUGCUCGAGGGGCGGCACUACUGGCUCUGCUUCGACGCCGACGGCGACGGCGAGGACGCACCGCCCGCCUCGAUCCUCGACCCGGGCUGCUCCGUUUGGGGCCGUGAGUUCCUGCUGGGAUCCGGGGUGGCGACGGGCGCGGCAGCUAUGGCAGAGCCUCGUCUUGCUCCUUUGGCCUCCUUUUCCUCCUCCUCCUCCGAUGUUGAGACCGCAAUGCUGGCAAUCGGCCGGCGUGUACGCUACAACGGAGGCGAUGAAGCGUGUUGUGCAUCGCAGUGGCGUUGAGCAUUGACCCCGACGGUAGCACCGCUGCAAUGAGGACGCUCGGCGGCGAUGCUGCUGGGACGACAGAGAAGUUGGUCCCGAGGAUCAGGCCCGGAUGUGUAGCAGGAAGGACGGUUCGACGCAUGCCAGCGUGGCCGGAGGAGGCG